UCGCCAUCAGCUCGCGUCCGUCUUACUCAGGCCAACAACCUUCCAGCCCGAGCCCGCCGCCAUUGCUGGCUCCCACAGUCUCUCCGACGCUCGCGCUCGCCCUCGACCGUCCGGGCAACCCGCCUCUGUUGGUCGCGCCAGGUCCAAUUCACUCCUUCUUCUGGCCGUCGACAUCGUCGUCCUCCUCGUCUGCAGAGACCCGCCUGCUCCGCCGUGCCGUUCUCGUCGCCAAAAAAAAAAAAAGCCAAAACACUCCUCCGAGACGGAGACCCUCCGAGGCGGAGACGAAGACGAAGGCGCAUCCUUGCUGUCUUUGUAUCUUGUGGCAGAAGGCUCCCGGCAGGACCAUCCGUUGCGUGCUGAAGAAGGCCCAGCCAGCGCCAGUCCGCAUCCCAACUCUGCUCCCACCCGCUCACUCCGCCUCUCUUUCUCUCCUUCGUUCUGCAUGCGCGUGAUCAGCCGCUACUCACCCAGAUCUGGACGGAUAUCUGCGUUUGCAAGUCUCACCGCAGCGACCUUCUCGACUGGACAAGUCGCGGGCUGCUCAGUCUUGCACGCGCUCAUCCUUCCAUCUCUCUCGAGCUACUCGCAGGAUCGAGGAUUCUACUUUGUUCUAUUUUCUGCCUUCCUUUAUUUUUCCCCCGAUUCUUCUUCCACGGAAGGAGCACGACCGUCAUGAAGCACAAGUUCGCUUUCCUCGCCCCACUGCGUAUCCCAUCACGGGCAGAGAACAGAGCUCUCAAGGCACAUCUUGAAAGCCUCCAGAGUGAGCACGACGACAGCGCCAACUCACCACUUUCCCCGCCGUUAUCCGCCUUUAUCAGCCGCCGUGAGCUCGACGAAGGCACCGAGUCCCAGCUGAAGGCCGCCUGUGCCGCUAUCGUCAAGGGUUACGUCGGCGAGCAGGAGCCCAAGCUCAACUUUAAGCCUCUGAAUCACACCAAAAGCGUCCCACAAUUCAGCAGCGAUGGCCGCGGACACUCGCGGCCGCAGACCUCGAGUCACAUAGAUGAGCGCGUCCCUCCCGUCCUGCGGCCGUCCAGGACAGACGGCGGAGUCUCGGGCUCGAAAAGUGAACAGGAUCUCAAGAUCAUGAACCAUACCCCAAGGCUGCACACCACGUCGUCCAAGGCAAACCACACCUCUCGUCACCUGGAGUCUACGAACCACGUAACAAAUGGAGACGCUUACAAGACCUCGACUUUUUCGCCAACGGCGGUGUCGUAUCAUAGGCCUCGGACGGCGCCUCUCGAUGAUAUCAGCGAUGGCAGCUACGAGACACCCCGGACGGCGUCAACGGACCGGUAUGUCGAUAGCAUGUCCACCGCGUUCACGUCGACCGCCAUCACGCCGUCCGGGCCUCUGCAGAUGCGCGUGCAGGGUCAGCUGGUCAAAGCCACGGAUGAGGAAGCAGAGGCACAUGCGAGGCGCUUACUCAACCAGCUGGAGUAUGAGACGCGCGAACACCUACAGACCAACAGGCGCGAUUGGAACUCGCGACCGAAGGCAAGUGACGUGGUAGCGGCCAGACCCAACACGGGUGUUGAUGCACACCCCACGCGACGCGAUUCGCUCGAAUUCCGCAGUGUCCACGCGCAGAGCUUCGGCAGAACGUCGACGGCGUAUGACUACUCCGCGUUCAACGUCUCGAACAGGACAAGCAAGAGCCAGGGCAACUGCAACAAUCACGGCGUCAUGGGCGUGGUCAGCGUACACAGAUCACGCUCGGCCAGAGCAACUACGGAAGGAACGCACUUCGAAAACCAAAAGCAGAUGGCGAUCCCCGAUUUGAACAGGGCGCUGCCGCCGCUCCCCAGGCUGGAUACCUGGCGCAAGCAUAACAACGAUGCAGCAACAGUCCAAUCUGAACCCACGCCUACGUCUGCAGAGCCGAAGAUGCACGUUGUCGAUCUCAUGAAGAGCGGCGGCGGCACCAAUGGGCCUCUAUCCGCGCCCAUGUUCCCAGCUGCAAAAACAGUUUCGCGCCAGCCUAGCCCGUAUAUCACAGAUAUUGCACCCCCCGAGCUUCCUCUCAAGGAUCUUGAAGUUAGCCCGAUAUCAAGCGGCAGCUCAACGAGUCGGCAUCGCUCUGCCGCGCACUCCAAAUCCAGCAGUACGGCCGACUCGUGCUUCUCACCUGUGCUGCAUUCGCGGACUGCGAGUGCCAAAAUCGGUCGGUGCACGAUUCCGGAGGAUAGCGUUGUCCACGCCGCUACUUCGGCAGUGGUGCGAUCCCAUGUCGUGUCGCACCGCACGCGUCCGUCCGAUUCCACAGCUACCUCGGGUGGAGGCCUCGCCGGCCGUAAUCGCGGCGACAGUGGGCUUGUGCCUAACUUUAGCCGCAAGAUCAGUAUCGACAGUCAUGGCGCCAUACGUUCACGUACUACCAUAAGUUCAGAUUCCACGGUCGAUGACACACCUAUAGGUGAGAUCACGGCGCUACCACCCAUGCCGGCGCCCAAGGCGAAGUCUAUCGGAGGGCUGAGGAGAGUUCUGAGUAGCCUAGCCAUUGGCGGGUCCGGUGGAACGAGGAAGAAUGCCUCCCAACUCACGUGGAUGGAUCAUUUUGAAGCGGAAGGAAUCAAGACGGGCAUAAUGGUGGCCCGUAGAGGCGGCGCUGGGGCCCCCAUCGUAAGAUACUGAAAGCAUGGUUUACUUAAGCGUAAGAUGGAUGUCGUGACGAGGAUCAAGUGGAGAGAGCACCUGCUAAGUUCUCUCCUUGCGUUUGUGGCCUCAUCGUUAACGACGAAGCCAGCAAAACGCAACUUUUUUAUAUCUUGUUAUAGCGUUUGACUGUGAUUGCUUUAUAUAUACCCCCUUUCGCGGCAGUAAAAAUGGCAAUGACAGCAAUUGUUUC